AUGGCCAAGUCGAAGGCAAGGGAGGUCAUGCCUCGCGGGACCAUGCAUCUAGUAAAAUGGGUGCAGACAAACACCACCCGAGGGGUGAAAGGUCAGUGGGUAUCACAAAAACGCAAGAACCCAGGGAGAUCUGCGCAGUCUUCCCCGACCAAGUUGCACACCAAGUUGCCCACAAAGCAGCCUUCAGACAAGACCAUGUAUAGGUUCUCUGAGGACUUUGAUGCAAGCUACGACGACCAAGGGGGCAUCAAUCCCAUACGACUUCCAAAUGGCUGGGGAAAGAAAAAAACCGCGAGUCCCAAUGAGUACCUCUGGCAGUGGAAGUAUAGGACCCAUGAUUAUCUGGACAUCAUGCUUCAACGGGAGGCGCCUCCUCCAGACCGGGUGUGCUGUUUGUGCAGUGGGGAUGGGACCCAGGAGUGCCACGACUGUCAUGCACAGCCGAUAUUCUGCACGAAAUGCUGUCGGGCAGAACAUUCCCUGCGGCCAUUCCACUGGAUCAGUCAAUGGAAUGGAGAUUUCUUUGAGAGGACCACUCUGACCAAGCUAGGCGUUGAGAUUCAUGCUGGCCAUGGGGGAAAGCCUUGCCCACACCACGACUGGGAAUGGGAGGACACGGAUGAUGAGGGUGAAGAUGCACCAUCUGCAGAAGUGCCUCUGGGAGUGCCAGAGGCUUAUGAUGGAGAACCUGAUGUAUUUGUAGAACCGGGAUCAGCUGCAGCUGCCAAAGACUCGCCGGAGGUAAACAUACUGCCUGCAGGAAAAACAGCAAUCACGGUGGUGCACACUUCGGGCGUGCAUACCAUGUCGAUAAGAUUCUGUCGAUGCCCUGAUGCCGAAACGCUUGACAAACAGCUUUUUAAAAUGGAAUUGUUCCUGGCAUCUUUCACCCGCCCGAAGACCGCGUUCACCUUUGCAUUGCUGGAUGAUUUCAUCCUGGACAAUCUGGAGUGCGGGACUUCAGCAAUGAACUAUUACAGCAAACUCAAGCGCACCACAUCCAGCGUGUUUCCGCAUUUAGUACUGGACCGAUAUCGGGAGUUGAUGAGGGUGGCCAGGCAGUGGCGACAACUGAAGCUUUUGAAAUGGAAUGGAUUCUGUCAUGAGAGGAGGGACCCGAAGGAUGGAGAGCUGGCUCUUUUCUGCCCAGCAUCCAAACAUCUUCACCCGACGCACCCAGAAGACGAGGUUUGGCUCACCGACGGGCAAUGUUUCAUGGUGGCAAGAGCCAGAUACAAAGCUCAUCUUGCCAUGUCAAAGGACUCAGCCCAAAGGUCCAAAUGCAACAACCAUAGAGCGGUGAACCAGGCCAACGCCUCUAGGCACAAAUUGGAGGCCACCGGAAUCGGGGGUGCGCCUGUGCCAGGCACGGGUGCUUUGUUCCGAAUUCAAUGGUGGAUUUUCAAAAGAUGGGCUCAGCCAGGCAUUCACAUUUAUGAUGUCAACUGCCAGUACUACAAGCACCUCCAGCGGCGGGUGGAUGAGAGCCUGCAUCUGACCAUUCCUUCCGGAAUGGAGAUCGUUCCAGGAAUCAGGCUUUGGCACGUUCAUGGCCACCAAGACAAAUGCUUCGUCCAGUAUGCAUCCAACUUCAUCCCAGGGCGCAGCUAG